AGUUGAGAGGAGACAUUGCUGGGAAGGGCAGCAGAGGAGAGUGGAGCGUUCGGUAUAGAUCACGCCAAUGAGGAUGGACGAUGUCUGGAGUCACGUGAACGAGAGCAUAAUAAACCUCUCCCUGGAGAUCAUCUACCUGCUGACCGGAGAGCGUUUUCCUCCUGUAAAGUCAGGUGACAAGGUGGCCAUCAAAAUCCCUCGAUUUCACUUCUCAAAACCCAAGAGACACAACAUGCAGAAGAUACUAGAAGUCACCAAGAAGAUCACUGAGCUGCUGAAAGGAGAGGUUCCUAUAAGGUGUCAGGAUGUCACUGUCUAUUUCUCCAUGGAGGAGUGGGAGUAUUUAGAAGGACACAAGGAUAUCCAUAUCGAGGACCACCAAACAUCUACAGAUGGAUCCAGUAAUGGGAACCCACCAGAGAGAUGUCCCCGUCCUCUGUAUUCCCGGGAUUCCACACAGGAAGGUCACACCAUCCCCCACCAUCAUCAGAGUGGAAAUCCAUGUGAACGUGAUAUUAUUGUUAAAGAAGAGAUAGAAGAUGAUGAUGUCAUCGAGGUUUCUGAAGGACAUAAUGAUCUCUACAAGGAUCUCAUGGAGGAAUCGUCCUAUACCAGAAACCGAUCAGAGAGAUGGACCCAUCCUCUGUAUUCCCGGGAUUCCACACAGGAAGAUCACACCAUCCCCCACCAUCAUCAGAGUGGAAAUCCAUGUGAACGUGAUAUUAUUGUUAAAGACGAGAUAGAAGAUGUCAUCGGGUUUUCUGAAGGACAUAAUGAUCUCUACAAGGACCUCAUAGUGAAAUCGUCCUACUCCGGGAACCCACCAGAGAGAUGUCCCCGUCCUCUGUAUUCCCGGGAUUCCACACAGGUUGAAGAUCUGAUUAACAUCAAUGGGGAGAUUAAAGAGGAAGAAGAUGUUGUGUAUGUGGCUGAUGAUCCCCCCCCAUCUACAGAGGAGUUUGUCAUGGUGACAAUUCAAGGGGAGGACAUUCCUACAGAGAUCAGCCCAGGAUGUGACGUCGUUAGGAGAACCUCAGAUGGUCAUCUUUCUUGGUCUCCAGAUAGCAAAGUAGAUGUGGACGCUACUCAGUAUUGUCCUGACGAAGACCUCUUCACCGAAAACAUCUACCCGUUGCCUCAGAGUGCGGAUGGACCACCUUCCAUCUUAAUGCCAAAUGACGGCUCCGCCCUUCAUACGGAUAAGCUGUUCUCCUGUUCUGAUUGUGGACAAUGUUUUAGCCUAAAAUCCAGUCUUCUGGUCCAUCAAAGAUCUCACAAAGAAGAUGGGCAGUAUUCCUGUCCCCUGUGUGGGAAAUGUUUCGUCAAGUGGUACGAUUUCGACAGGCACCAAAGAUCUCACACGGGUGAGAAACUUCACCAGUGUUUGCAAUGCGGGAAAUGCUUCGAACAUAGAUACAACCUUACCAUACACAAGAGCUCUCACGCGGCGGAUGAUGGCCUUCAGGCCUGUCUGCUGUGCGGGAAGUGUUUUCUAACGAAGUCAGAGCUGGCCAAACACGAGAGGUCCCACAUGGAUGAGAGGUCCCACUUGGAAGAGAAGCCGUUUUCCUGUACGGAGUGUGGGAAAUGUUUCCUGCGGAAGCAAGAUCUCAUCAGGCAUCACCGGUCUCACACGGGGGAAAAGCCGUUCUUGUGUCCCGAGUGCGGGAAAUGCUUUUCGCAGAAGUCCCAUCUUUCCAGGCAUCAGCGGUGCCACACGGGCGAGAAGCCAUUUUCCUGCACCGUGUGCGGGCAGUGUUAUCCGCGGAAAUCGCAGCUGCUUAGGCAUCAGAUCUAUCACACGGGCGAGAAGCCGCAUUCCUGCCACGAGUGCGGGAAAGGUUAUGUGUCUAAAUCGGACCUCGUCGUGCAUCAGAGGUCCCACACGGGGGAGAAGCCGUAUGAGUGCUCCGAAUGUGGGAAAAGCUUUGUAAAAAAAUCUGAUCUCUCCAGACAUCAGAGGUCCCACGAGACCAUCGUGGUGUAUGAAUGUUAAGAGUGCGGGUAAAGUUUUGUGCAUUACAACCAGGACCAUCUUUAACGCAGGGCAAAAGGGAAAGCUUCCCCCGGGCCCAGUCAUUGUUGUGGGCCCCAAGCAGCUGCCCCUUGAGCCUGCGCUGCCUUCCAAGGGUCCAACCAACAAAGGUUCCAUCUGAUUUAGAGAGGAGGAUGGAGCAUAACCAGAUGAUUCCUACAGUGUAGUCUGAUCUCUUCUCCAGCCAUCCCUUGCUUCAUUAGGCCCCUCCCUCCAACCCCAUGACCUCAGCCCCCCCUCGGCACAUGUCCCAGGGAUCUCCCAACUACCCCUUGCUUCACUAGGCCCCUCCCUCCAACCCCAUGGCCUCAGCCCCUCGGACCAUAUCCCAGGGGUCUCCCAGCCAUCCCUUGCUUCACUAGGCCCCUCCCUCCAACCCCAUGACCUCAGCCCCCCCGGGAUCAUGUCCCAUGGGUCUCCCAGCCAUCCCUUGCUUCACUAGGCCCCUCCCUCCAACCCCAUGACCUCAGCUCCCUGGGAUCAUGUCCCAGGGGUCUCCCAGCCAUCCCUUGCUUUACUAGGCCCCUCCCUCAACCCCGUGACCUCAGCACCCUGGGAUCAUGUCCCAGGGGUCUUCUAGCCAUCCCUUGCUUUACUAGGCCUCUCCCUUAACCCCAUGACCUCAGCCCCCCGGGAUCAUGUCCCAGGGGUCUCCCAGCCAUCCCUUGCUUCACUAGGCCCCUCCCUCUAACUACAUGACCUCAGCCCCCCCCGGGAUCAUGUCCCAGGGGUCACCCAGCCAUCCCUUGCUUUACUAGGCCCCUCCCUCCAACCCCAUGACCUCAGCCCCCCAGGAUCAUGUCCCAGGGGUCCACAGAACCAAAACAGGCUCCAGGCCAAUCUGCUGAUACACCGCUAAUAUCACACUGAUUAGGUGGCGGCCCUAUUGAGGAUACUUGAGGACUGAGGUUGAGAACUACUGCUGUAGAUACUUACCAGCUCAUGGAGUCCAACGUUGUUUUCCAGCUGGUUCUUUCCAGAGCCCCAUCUUUGUUUCGGGAGACGGCUGCCACUUCCUGAUGUCUCAGAGCUGGUGGCCCCCUA